AUGUCUGUGAAAACAUUAAAUGAUUGCGAAUUAACAUAUCCAAUUUCGAAACAUAAAACAACCAUUGAGUUAACAGAUAACAUACCCAACUUGCCUAUAUGGAAAACCGAGACACAAGAGAUUUUUGUGCUGCCUAAAGUUGAAAAUCCAAAAAUUGGAAAGAGGAGAGAUAUGUUAAUGAAGUAUUUUAGGAUGCGUGCUUCUAAAGAUGCUCUAGAAAAAAUUAUCGGUGAUCCACUUCCGCCAGAGUCGGCUUGUUUUACAGAGUACAUUGAUAACUUUUGCGACAAUGACUUUAUCCCGCAAAUUGAAAAUUCAGAUAAAAAUAUUCAGCAGCUCGCGAAAAAUCUUCUGUACGACGGAACUGUGAAGACGUAUUACAAAGAACAGUUUGAUAAGAAAAAAAUGAAGGUCAACGUAGAGUUCCGAAAUGAAAAACGACCCUUUGUUAGGAGGACGUUGUUUACGACCCCACCCGAAAUAGCUCUGGAGGAACCUGAAGGUGGAUUUUGAGGCAGUUGU